AUGCGGUUGGCAACCAGUAAGUCUUUUCGCAGCGGGCUGAUGACCUACAAAAAUUGGCAUUCUUUGAUACACUUGGGUACUACAAUGCCUUAGCUAGCCAAUUUGGUCCCUAAGAAAUGAAUUUUACCGAAAGAUGCGUCAGUGAAAGUAACGAAAUGGAACAUGACAUCGAAAUCGAAGACGAGACGACAGUGUACUUAUCGUGGAGUCACUUAUAGCAGUCAUGUUGAACGGUUUUGCCAAACAUAGGCCUCACAGUACACUAGAGUAUGAACAGCAGUUAGAUUAUCUGUGUCAGUGGAUGGAGAAGUGGAGCGAUCCAGUGAGACGCAGUGUGAUUGAUCUCCUUCUUCCACGGUGUGAUCAAGAACAAAUCACGUUUCUGUGGACAGUGGUUGAGCCAACAUUACACAGAGACUUCAUGUACAGUUCACUGAAUGCAUUUCCAAGAAGUUCAUUCAGCCCUGUGUCAACACCACUGUGUAGAGAAGUUCAUAAAAAGCUUGGGAAACCAAGAUACAGAGCGUGGAAGCUUCACCGGGUAGAGAGUGCUAUCCUUCACGAUGAGGAAGAGGUGAAGGCCUGGACAUCAACUGCUGUUUUGCCAAUCGUGAAGAGUCCUUCGCUUGCGUCACCAUCGCGACAAACAAAGAGAACACCUUCUCCGGAGAGAGUAGACUCCAGAGGCUCUUGGAAAUCGAAAACAACCUAUUUUGGAGUAAAAUUACCUGGAAUUUCAAAUGUUGGUGGUCGAAAGCGAUCUCCACAAAGAUUUACAGGAAGUCGUUCAGCACCGCCCUGUGGGACCACCAAAACUUCUUCCCAACAUGCUGUACGACGCCACAUGCAGAAUGAAUACAAGAAGGAUGUACUUGACAAUGCUGCGAUGGAUAAUGGGGGAAAGGCUGAUGACGUUACGUCAUGGCAAAGAUUGUACAAGUCGAAGUCUUGUCCCAAUGUGUCUUGCACGGGAAAAUCUGUUUUCGGUCACCGGAGGCAUGUGCUGCAUAACCGUACCAAAACUGAACAGUUGCCAGAGAAUGCUCAGUGUCUUGUUCAGUGGUUUGAGAAACAGUGGAACGGUUGGCAAAAGAAUGAAUUUCUUCAGCUGUUCUUGAGGGUUCUUGCGCCUAGUGAACUUUACUUUCUUUCCGGACUUCUCGCUGUAAGUCAAUUUAGAGAUUUUAUAGCCAUGCUCCCAAAAAAAUUAGCUAUUCGCAUUUUUUCUUUCCUUGUUCCAAAGGAACUUCUUGUUGUUUGUCAGGUGAGCAAAACCUGGCGUCGUGUUGCAUCUAAAGAUGAGCUCUGGAAAGCAAAAUGUCAAGAAACUUACGUUGGUGUACCACUCAGUACUCCAGCUGUAUGGAAAGACAUCUUCAGAGAUAAUCUUAAACUGAAGCGAAACUGGGCAAAUGGUCGCUGCAAAGUGACCGACAUGAGUGGCCACACCCAUAACGUACUUUCAGUGUGUGCUCACAAGAACAACGUUGCGACCGGCAGUUUGGAUAGAACAAUAAAAAUCUGGGAUGCCAAAAACGGUGCAUUGCUUCUGACGUUCCAAGGACAUACGCGUGGUAUUUGGAGUUUGCGGUUCUUGUCAAGUUCAAUUCUAAUAAAAAAAACAUACGACAAAACCAUUCGGCUUUGGAGCCUGCGAACAAAUAUGUGUGUAAGAAUAUUGAUAAGUCAUAAAAAAACCGUCUGGGCGAUCGAACGUAAGGGGGAUUUUCUUGUCAGUGGAUCAAGCGACAAAAAAAACAGUAAAUGAUCAGCCAAAGUCUGGAACAUUAAAAAAAGUAAACUCCUUUUCUCGUUGGUUGGUCACAAUGGUUGCGUUUUCUGUGUCGAUCUGGACGAUGAAUGUAAAAAAGCGUUCACUGGCUCAGGAGACAGGACUGUACGAGUGUGGGAGGUGUCCACAGGAGUUUGUCUUUUGACUUUCAACAUCGGACAACUGUCUGGCUCUACAGUGACUGCUGUCAGUUUUGAUCAGGGUUAUGUAGCGGUGGGGUCGGGACAUCUAGUGUCGUUAUGGAACCUUGAGACGGGUGCCUGUGUAAAUGAGUUCAAAGGACACAAAGGAAGGAUUGAAUCUAUCAAAUUGAAGUUCAUGAUGGUGAAUGGGAAGAAAGAGGCGGGCCUCAUAGUCAGCGCUGGUAAAGACGGUCUGAUAAAGUACUGGGACAUUGAACAGGGUUCAUGUAUUCAAACACUUAGAGGACACAAGGACAAUGUGAACUGCAUCCAUGUGGAUUCCACCAGGAUUAUCAGUGUUUGCUAAAAAAAGAGAGUGCGAGUAUGGGAUUUUAGUUCUUGA